AAAAAUCUGAUUUGAAACCUAACUACACUGCUAAUCUUAUGCUUACUAUUAAAUUAUUCUUUUUUUAAAAAUGAUUUUUGUUUUUAAUAUUUUUUUUACGAUAUAUCAAUUUUUUUAUUAUUGGCUGUCUUAACUAGUGACAACCACGUUGUUGCGCCAAGACUUGUCUCCUUUAGCUGGCUGACCGCUCAUCAUGUUCAGAGCCGCCGUCCGUCUUUCAGUGUCCGGUGCCCGGAGUUUGACCUGGACACGGCUUCGGUGUACAGCUCCCCUGGCCCAGAGGUGUUACUCACAUGGUGGGAAGCAGGAGACGGACGAGGAGUUUGAUGCCCGCUGGGUCAACUAUUUUAACAAGGCAGAUAUUGAUUCAUGGGAGCUGAGGAAAGGGAUGAACACGCUGAUUGGAUACGACCUGGUACCUGAGCCAAAGAUCCUGGACGCUGCCCUCCGAGCCUGCCGCAGGUUAGACGACCUGGCUACUGCCAUUCGCAUCCUGGAGGCUGUCAAGGAUAAAUCUGGCCCCCAUAAAGACAUCUACCCAUACCUAAUUCAGGAGCUGCGGCCAACACUUGAUGAGCUUGGUAUCUCCACACCUGAAGAGCUUGGCAUGGACAAAUUAUAAAUGGUCUUUGGCUCCUUGUAUAAUAAUGUGUGUGAUAUUUAAUUUGGGCCUUUUGUUUGUAAAAUAUUGACGAACCUAAUAAAGAAAAUAUAUUUCUUGAAUGUG